AGGCACACAGUGGCUGGGAAACUCUCACCCCAAAGCCAGUAGUCCUCGACUUGGCAACAUGUGUCUAUAGAGUUCCGCUUUGAGAAGACACAGCAGUUCAAACUUGCAGCAGGUGAAGAUUAGCUUGUCAGAAUAUAUUAAAAAGGGAGGAUUUUUUUCUAAAUAGGUUUUCAACAUCUGUAGGAUUUUAUAAUGACUCUAUCAUUUAGACCUCUCCUCCUGCUGGGGGCACUGUGUGUCUGCAGCGUUCUCAUCACUGCUGACAAACCAGCCCCAGACCAGACAGGAGACCAUGAAGUCACCUUCAGACACAUCUAUAAGAUUGAAAUGCCCACGUCCUCCGACUGCAAGGUGGAGUUGGACUCUCUCCCAGCCAAAGACGAGGGUACCAAACUGGUGGCUACUCCUGUGAGCCUGAAUGCAGACAACAACAUGGUCUUCAAACACAACAUCCGGCUGCAGACACCCAAGUGUGACUGUGGUGCCUCAGAGGCCUUCAAGUCUAUGCUGUCCAGGCUGAACCGCUUGGAGGAGGAGGUGACCUACCUGAAGGACCAGUGUUCCCAAGACUGCUGUGGUGGUGGAGCAGGGUUGGCCAGUCUGUGUAGUGGGCACGGGACCUUCAAGAGGGACACAUGCGGCUGUGACUGCCAUGAGGGCUGGGAGGGUGAGGACUGUUCCAUACGCAGCUGUCUAAACGAGUGCAGUGACAAUGGCCGGUGUGUGGAUGGCAAGUGCGUCUGCUAUGAGGGUUACACUGGUGUGGACUGCAGCGAGCAGCUCUGCCUCAAUGACUGUAGCGACAAGGGCCGCUGUGUGGACGGCAUGUGCCAGUGCUUCUCCGGCUUCACAGGCGAGGACUGCAGCCAGCGCACCUGCCUCAACGACUGCAGCAGCAACGGGGAGUGCGAUGACGGGGUCUGCAUCUGUGAGGAAGGAUUUUUCGGGGACGACUGCUCCCGAGUGCUCGGCCCCAAAGAGUUCCGUUUAGUGAAAGCCUCUGAAGAAUCCUUGUUGGUGAGCUGGGACUAUGUACCUGGUGCAGAGUAUUAUCUCCUCACCUAUUACCCAGAGGGGGCAGAGGGGAAUAUAAAGCAGAUCAAAGUGCCCAAGACCAAGAACUCCCACCUGAUCACCGGCCUAACUUCGGGUGUCAAUUACAUCAUCAAUUUAUACACAUUCAUAAAGGAUAUCUCCAGUGAGCCAAGCAAUUUGGAAGCCAGCACAGUGGUAUCUUCUAUUGACAGUAUCAAUGUGGUCUCUCAGAUGGAGGACUCCAUCCAUGUCGAGUGGAAGAACCCUCCCACUGAAGUAGAUUUUUUCAAACUAACUAUUGUCAACCCAAAAGGUCAGGAAAAUGAGGUCAGGGUUCAAAUGGCAAAAGGAGCUAAAACCAGCUACAUCAUCAGAGAUCUUCAACCUGGCACUUUGUACCUGAUCAAAGUGCAGUCAGUUAAGAGAGAUAUAGAGGGAAAGCCAUCUUCAGUUAAUGGUGUAACAGAUAUUGACAGCCCCAGUAACCUGGUGACCAAGAAUGUGACAGAGGACACUGCCACCCUCACCUGGACCAGGGUGCAGGCUCCCAUCGAUGGGUACAGAAUCAACUACACCUCAGCUGAUGGGCAGAGCCAGGAGAUCUCUGUGGGGGCAGACAAGAACUCUCACAAGCUGACAGGCCUGAAACCCGGAGUGGAGUAUGCUGUCUACAUAUGGGCUAUGAAGGGAAAUCGCAGCAGCAAGAAGACUUCCACUAAAGCUGUCACAGAGAUUGAUGCCCCCAGUAACCUGGUGACCAAGAAUGUGACAGAGGACACUGCCAUCCUCUCCUGGACCAGGGUGCAGGCUCCCAUCGACGGGUACAGAAUCAACUACACCUCAGCUGAUGGGCAGAGCCAGGAGAUCUCUGUGGGGGUAGACAAGAACUCCCACAAGCUGACAGGCCUGAGACCCGGAGUGGAGUAUACUGUCUACAUCUGGGCUAUGAAGGGAAAUCGCAGCAGCAAGAAGACCGCUACUAAAGCUGUCACAGAGAUUGAUGCCCCCAGUAACCUGGUGACCAAGAAUGUGACAGAGGACACUGCCAUCCUCACCUGGGCCAGGGUGCAGGCUCCCAUUGAUGGGUACAGAAUCAACUACACCUCAGCUGAUGGGCAGAGUCAGGAGAUCUCUGUGGGGGUAGACAAGAACUCCCACAAGCUGACAGGCCUGAGACCCGGAGUGGAGUAUACUGUCUACAUCUGGGCUAUGAAGGGAAAUCGCAGCAGCAAGAAGACCCCUACUAAAACUGUCACAGAGAUUGAUGCCCCCAGUAACCUGGUGACCAAGAAUGUGACAGAGGACACUGCCAUCCUCUCCUGGACCAGGGUGCAGGCUCCCAUCGACGGGUACAGAAUCAGCUACACCUCAGCUGAUGGGCAGAGCCAGGAGAUCUCUGUGGGGGCAGACAAGAACUCUCACAAGCUGACAGGCCUGAGACCCGGAGUGGAGUAUACUGUCUACAUCUGGGCUAUGAAGGGAAAUCGCAGCAGCAAGAAGACCCCUACUAAAGCUGUCACAGAGAUUGAUGCCCCCAGUAACCUGGUGACCAAGAAUGUGACAGAGGACACUGCCAUCCUCACCUGGGCCAGGGUGCAGGCUCCCAUUGAUGGGUACAGAAUCAACUACACCUCAGCUGAUGGGCAGAGUCAGGAGAUCUCUGUGGGGGUAGACAAGAACUCUCACAAGCUGACAGGCCUGAGACCCGGAGUGGAGUAUACUGUCUACAUCUGGGCUAUAAAGGGAAAUCGCAGCAGCAAGAAGACCUCCACUAAAACUGUCACAGAGAUUGAUGCCCCCAGUAACCUGGUGACCAAGAAUGUGACAGAGGACACUGCCAUCCUCACCUGGACCAGGGUGCAGGCUCCCAUCGACGGGUACAGAAUCAGCUACACCUCAGCUGAUGGGCAGAGCCAGGAGAUCUCUGUGGGGGCAGACAGGAACUCUCACAAGCUGACAGGCCUGAGACCUGGAGUGGAGUAUGCUGUCUACAUCUGGGCUAUGAAGGGAAAUCGCAGCAGCAAGAAGACCUCCACUGAAGAUGUCACAGAGAUCGACGCCCCCAGUAACCUGGUGACAAAGAGUGUGACAGAGGACACUGCCACCCUGACCUGGACCAGGGUGCGGGCUCCCGUUGACGGGUACAGGAUCAGCUACACCUCAGCUGAUGGGCAGAGCCAGGAGAUCCCUGUGGGGGCAGACAAGAACUCCCACAAGCUGACAGGCCUGAGACCUGGAGUGGAGUAUACUGUCUACAUAUGGGCUAGGAAGGGAAAUCGCAGCAGCAAGAAGACCUCUACUAAAGCUAUCACAGACAUUGAUGCCCCCAGUAACCUGGUGACCAAGAAUGUGACAGAGGACACUGCCAUCCUCACCUGGACCAGGGUGCAGGCUCCCAUCGACGGGUACAGAAUCAGCUACACCUCAGCUGAUGGGCAGAGCCAGGAGAUCUCUGUGGGGGCAGACAGGAACUCUCACAAGCUGACAGGCCUGAGACCUGGAGUGGAGUAUGCUGUCUACAUCUGGGCUAUGAAGGGAAAUCGCAGCAGCAAGAAGACCUCCACUGAAGAUGUCACAGAGAUCGACGCCCCCAGUAACCUGGUGACCAAGAGUGUGACAGAGGACACUGCCACGCUGACCUGGACCAGGGUGCAGGCUCCCGUUGACGGGUACAGGAUCAGCUACACCUCAGCUGAUGGGCAGAUCCAGGAGAUCUCUGUGGGGGCAGACAAGGACUCCCACAAGCUGACAGGCCUGAGACCUGGAGUGGAGUAUACUGUUUAUAUCUGGGCUAUAAAGGGAAAUCUCAACAGCAAGAAGACCUUCACUAAAGCUGUCACAGAGAUUGACGCCCCCACUAACCUGGUGACAAAGAGUGUGACAGAAGACAAUGCCACCCUCACCUGGACCAGGGCGCAGGCUCCCAUCGAUGGGUACAUGAUCAGAUACACCUCAGCUGAUGGGCAGAGCCAGGAGAUCUCUGUGGGGGCAGACAAGAACUCCCACAAGCUGACAGGCCUGAAACCUGGAGUGGAGUAUACUGUCUACAUCUGGGCUAUGAAGGGAAAUCGCAGCAGCAAGAAGACCUCUACUAAAGCUGUCACAGAGAUCGAUGCCCCCACUAACCUGGUGACCAAAAGUGUGACAGAGGACACUGCCACUCUCACCUGGAACAGGGUACAGGCUCCCAUUAAUGGGUACAGGAUCAGCUACACCUCAGCUGAUGGGCAGAGCCAGGAGAUCUCUGUGGGGGCAGACAAGAACUCCCACAAGCUGACAGGCCUGAGACCUGGAGUGGAAUAUACUGUCUAUAUCUGGGCUAUGAAGGGAAAUCUCAACAGCAAGAAGACCUCUACUAAAGCUGUCACAGAGAUUGACGCCCCCACUAACCUGGUGACCAAGAGUGUGACAGAGGACACUGCCACCCUCACCUGGAACAGGGUGCAGGCUCCCAUCGACGGGUACAGGAUCAGCUACACCUCAGCUGAUGGGCAGAGCCAGGAGAUCUCUGUGGGGGCAGACAAAAACUCCCACAAGCUGACAGGCCUGAGACCUGGAGUGGAAUAUACUGUAUACAUCUGGGCUAUAAAGGGAAAUCUUAGCAGCAAGAAGACCUCUACUAAAGCUGUCACAGAGAUCGAUGCCCCCACUAACCUGGUGGUCAAGAGUGUGACAGAGGACACUGCCACCCUCACCUGGAACAGGGUGCAGGCUCCUAUUGACGGGUACAGGAUCAGCUACACCUCAGCUGAUGGGCAGAGCCAGGAGAUCUCUGUGGGGGCAGACAAGAACUCCCACAAGCUGACAGGCCUGAGACCUGGAGUGGAGUAUACUGUCUACAUCUGGGCUAUGAAGGGAAAUCUCAACAGCAAGAAGACCUCUACUAAAGCUGUCACAGAGAUUGACGCCCCCACUAACCUGGUGACCAAGAGUGUGACAGAGGACACUGCCACCCUCACCUGGAACAGGGUGCAGGCUCCCAUUGACGGGUACAGGAUCAGCUACACCUCAGCUGAUGGGCAGAGCCAGGAGAUCUCUGUGGGGGCAGACAAAAACUCCCACAAGCUGACAGGCCUGAGACCUGGAGUGGAAUAUACUGUAUACAUCUGGGCUAUAAAGGGAAAUCUUAGCAGCAAGAAGACCUCUACUAAAGCUGUCACAGAGAUCGAUGCCCCCACUAACCUGGUGGCCAAGAGUGUGACAGAGGACACUGCCACCCUCACCUGGAACAGGGUGCAGGCUCCCAUUGACGGGUACAGGAUCAGCUACACCUCAGCUGAUGGGCAAAGCCAGGAGAUCUCUGUGGGGGCAGAGAAGAACUCCCACAAGCUGACAGGCCUGAGACCUGGAGUGGAGUAUACUGUCUACAUCUGGGCUAUGAAGGGAAAUCUCAACAGCAAGAAGACCUCUACUAAAGCUGUCACAGAGAUUGACGCCCCCACUAACCUGGUGGCCAGGAGUGUGACAGAGGACACUGCCACACUCACCUGGACCAGGGUGCAGGCUCCCAUCGAUGGGUACAGGAUCAGAUACACCUCAGCUGAUGGGCAGAUCCAGGAGAUCUCUGUGGGGGCAGACAAGAACUCCCACAAGCUGACAGGCCUUAGACCCGGAGUGGAGUAUACUGUCUACAUCUGGGCUAUAAAGGGAAAUCUUAGCAGCAAGAAGACCGCCACUAAAGCUGUCACAGAAAUUGAUGCUCCUACAAAUCUGAAGGUGACUGACGCCAAACAGGCCAGUGGCGUGGUAACAUGGACCCCUCCACAGGCUGUUAUCAGUGGCUACAUUCUUACUUACAAGAGGGCAGAUGGAAAAGGACAGGAGAAGGAGAGGACUCUUAGCUCAGCUGAUAGAAGUUACCUUCUAGGAGGUUUGGAGCAGGGGGUUCACUACAUCGUCCGCCUAGUUGCCUUCAGAGGAGCGAUGCGCAGCAGGACAGUCGAGACCACGUUUACCACAGUCGGAGUUCUUUUCCCCUUACCCAUGGACUGUACUCAGGUAAUGAAGAAUGGAAACACAUCAAAUGGAAUCUACACCAUCUACCUCAACAGUGACAGAUCCCAACCAAUGAAGGUGUAUUGUGACAUGACCACUGAUGGAGGUGGCUGGAUUGUUAUUCAGAGACGCAACAGCGGCAAAAUUGAUUUCUUUAAACGCUGGAAGAACUACACUCAAGGCUUUGGGGACAUGAAUGAGGAAUUCUGGCUGGGCCUGGACAAGAUGUAUGACCUGACAAAUUCACAACAGUAUGAACUGCGGGUGGAUCUGAGGGCAGGCUCGGAAUCAGUGUACGCCGUCUAUGACAACUUUAAACUGGCACCAGCAAGACAGAAAUACAAGCUGACUAUUGGAAACUACAGAGGCACUGCGGGUGACGCAAUGACCUACCACCAGGGCAGAGCCUUCACAACAGUGGACAGGGAUAAUGACAUUGCUCUCAGUAACUGUGCUUUCACUCAUCGUGGAGCGUGGUGGUACAAGAACUGCCACUUGGCCAACCUGAAUGGACAAUAUGGACAAACCACCCACAGUGUGGGAGUGAACUGGGAGCCAUGGAAGGGACACGAGUUCUCCAUCCCCUUCGUGGAAAUGAAAAUGAGACCCCGCAUCUACAGUGAAAACCCUGUGCUGGGGAGGAAGAAGAGGUCCCUCGCUGGCAGGGGAAAGAGGAGAACCGAAUGAGAAAAAAAAAAAGAAAAAAUAAACUAAAACAAUAAGCUUUUAAUAUUAGUAUCAGCUCAGUUCAGAAUGCAUUUCAAUGGUAGUGGGGUUGCACUGUGCUUUUCACUGUGUGGUCUUUUAUAAUCAGCAGCGCCCCACUCAGCAGGAGAACUGUGGGGCAAUGUGGUUAGCUUUGGUCCCGCAUUGUGGCCAGCCUGCCCCGUAAUACUCAUCUCAGACUUGUAUAUACUGUAAAGUGUGGCAGGGAUUACAUAAAUUACCACUUAAUCCAUAGGCACCUAUGCAAACCACUAUGCAAGCCAUUUGUUGUGAAAGAUGUAAUGUGAAAGUUGUCAUUUUUUUUAGCUGAACGUUUGCUCUUCUUUGAAAUCCUGGUUUACAAUUUAAACAUUAUUCAUACUAUAUCUGUAACAAACUCAAUGGGAAUACAGCAUAUGUAACACUACUACCAUUUUUUAUAAAUUGCUUUUAGUCUUGCUGAUACAAGUAGAGCCCCCUGUCAAACCAUCUUUAGCUUCUGUUAUAAAAAGGCACAAUUCUCUUGUUAAAACGUGUUUGUAUUGAAAGCCACAUUUAUGGUAUUAUUUGUCACUGAAGAUUAAUAAUUCCAACAGCCCUGUUUGUUUAAUUAAACGUAGUCAUUUCUGUAGUAAGAGUAUAUUUGUAGAAAAUUUGAUCUUUGAAAGAACCAUUCACCCAUUUACUUAGACGUAUGUUAUAUUAAACAUUGAUGUUUGAAGUUUGCCCCAGUAAAAUGAAGUGGAUAAGAGAGUCCUUGGAAGCGCCUGAGUGCUUUGUUGUACAGAACAUCAUAAAAAGCUACAGAAUUGGGAAUGGAAUUUCAUGUAGAAGGGUGCAAGCUAGAACAGAGAUGAUUUUGUAUUGUUUUAUAAUGGCAAGCCCUACAGUGACCCUGGAGAAUGUAGCUUAAGUAGUUUUAUCAUGAUAUACUUUAACAGUAGGGUUAGUCUUGUAAUGACUAAUGACUGAAAAUUCUUGUUUCAGAGAUAUUAUUAGAAAACAAUAGUCAUGCAAUAAAUUUGACAAAUUAUUUAUUUACAGUAGUUAUGUAUUUCAAAGGUCAGUGAAAAAAAGUAGAGUUCUGAACCAUGUAUCUCACGGCACUUUCUCCUGACAAUGACAGCACAGAAGGUAUUUCAAAGGCAGAGGUUUAUUAUCCUUGAAGCAGAAAUAAAAUUGCCUCAAUAUCACAAUGCAGUGUGCAAAAGCCUACCAACCUUACAUCAAAGAAAACAAUAGGUGUAUAAUGUAGGACAUCUACAGCACCAGCCACAUAUGCAUUCUUACAUGCAUUUUCAAUGUGCGUCUCCCAGGAAAGUCACAAACUUACCUGUUGGGGUGCUGCUUUGAUGGAUUCAAUUAAUGUGUGUAACAAUCUUACUUUGAAAAUGUGCUCUCCUCUAGUCACUGUUUGCUUAUUGCAUUCAGUGAUUCCAGAUUUAUUAUUGUGAAACUUGCAGUCAAUCAUGAUCAUUCUGAGCCGAUACAUUUCUUGGGAGUAGUCUAUGCAAGCAUUAUAGAAACUGCAAAGCACUUUUUAAUGUGUGGGAAUAGCCCAGGAAUCUCACUUUUUUCAUUGUCACAUGAAUAGAGGCAUUAGUGUUAAGAAAAGUCAAUUAAUGGCCACACUUACUUUUAGCAAAAUGUAUUGGCCCUGCUACCAUUGAGAUUCAGUUAAUGAGGGACUUUUAUUUUUCUUUUUGCAAAUAUAUAUUUCAUUUUUUUUAAAUAACUUUUUUUAAGUUUACAUAACCGUAGUUUUAUACAUUUGCAUGUUCAGUAUUUUUUGUGCGAAUUAUCAUCACCGGCAAAGAAUCAAUAUAAUCUGCUGAUGGUUGUAUAGAAUGGUUAUCAUCACAUGUAAAUAAAUCAUUAAACUACAUUUCGUUAGUAUACCAUCAAGUUAUUACUAACUUUUUAAAAUAAUUCAUAUCAGUAUUAUAACUAUGGGUAAUACAUUAAGUGUCUUUAAGCAAACACAGUAAUUACACUGUAAAUGCAUUUGUAAAUACAGUGUAAAAUCACUUUUUUCUCUCUUUUUUAAUCAAAUAUGUUAGUGCAUGUACCUGCACACCCAUUAGUGAAAUUACUAUAUUACUGCAGUGUACUGUAAAGAAAUACAUGUUUGUGAGCCUUUUAUAAUGCGUUUUUCAUGUAUGAAAAAAAAACGCAAACAUUUUUGGCAUUAAUAUCAUAUUCCACUAACAAUACGUACUUCGUAUAUUGCAACAGGUUGCCAAUAUUUCUGAAGCAAAAUAAGUUUUAUGGGUGUGAUUCACCAAAUAUUUUGGUAGCAAAUAUUUAUGGCUUUACAGUAUUUACAGUGUAGUCAGAGACAUCUAAUGUAAAUAUUACCUUUUUUUUAAACAGAUGCUUUAUCCACUGCUCCAGUUUAAGAACUAUGCUUUGUUGGGUGUUCAUUAAAGCCAAGUUGCUUAUUUUAACUAGAUAUGACAGUCGAAACCAGACAUUUAUUUAGUCUAUGUACUAUUACAAAUAACUUUAUAAUCAAAUUGGGCUCUCUGAAAUGAUUGUACUAUUGUUUCAUCACCCCAAAGUUCAGAUAACUUAAUUAAUGUCCACUAGAUUGUACUGAGUACUGACUAAAAAAAACUAUAAACAGUAAAGGUAAACUUUUAAAAGUGAAUGACAGAAUAAACAGAAUAUUAAAGCAAAAUUCAAAAGCACUCCAAUAUAUCAGUCUUCUGUCUAAUUACUUUUCUAUUUAUAGUACAGUACCUCAGACAAUAUUGCAGGAAUAUACUUUUAGGGUGGAAUUAUAGAAUGUAUUCUGAAUAUUAAUAAAGUGCUGGAUGAAAAAUGAUGAUGUAAACAUUUUCAUGGUUCUCAAUAAAAAAAUAAAAAAAUAAAAAAACAGUUGCCUGGUUCUUAGUGACAUUUUGAAAAAUAAUUUUUUAGAUGUCUUAGAAUUGAACUGAUUUAAUCCAAAAUAUUCCCCUUUUUCUGCUGUGUUUGUAUAUUAUAGUUAAAUGGUCGACAUGAUAUCCAAUUUCACAUCUUCCAUUUAAGAUUUGUGCUGAGGUAGAAUUCAAAUAUUAUACUAUUUUUAUCUUCUGCAUAAUCAGUCAUGGCCUGUGUAUAAAACUCUCGUGAAGCAUUCUUAGAAGUGCAGAAGACUCCAUCUUUAAUUUAUAUACUGUGUGCUGAAAAGUUUCCACCCAAUGUCUGGAGUGUGCACUAAACAAGUGAAGGCCACAGAGUCUACUAAAAGAAACGUACAGUGUAUUAACAACCCCACCUCCAGAAAAGGGUGUAGGUUCACGUUUGAAAAUAAAGGUGAGAAAUUAAGUGAUUUUUGCAUUUCCUUCAACCAUGA